AUGAAUUUCAUCAAAAAAUUCAUUGGUGCAACCACCACUGAUGAAGUUGCGCUGAUUCCGUCAGGCAAGUUAUUCCUCACGCGAUCGAAACAGUCACCAAAGGGAGCAAUCGAGUGCCUUUACAACGAUGCAUUUGCCUCAAUUAAACAAACAAGCACCCCGUUUUACUACCAGCUUUGUAUAACCAGAGUCUACCAGGAAGGAGAGAACGAGUUCCGAAGCAAUUCCGGAUUCGAUGACGACAACGAUGAUGAAGACGACGACGACGAUGGCAGCGGCUUGGUUGGCGCUGGAAGGUCGUCGAGUUCUUUGCUGCCCACGUCGCAAUUUGACUCUAGACGCAGCUCCAAGGACGAGUGGGCGUUUCCACUAAAUGAGGAAUUGAAGAUCUUCUACUACGAGAAACUGGACGGUACCCGGGCCAUUGCUUGGAAAGAUUUAAACGGAGAUAUGGGCGACAAGUUUGAGUUUGUCGUUGACGAGGAUGUCCGCGCUAAAGAAUUUGACCUGUUUAUGAUGACUGUGUACAAGUGCUUGUACGAGAGCAAGUACCAUGAAACUUCGGCAGGGGUGUCGCAGUUGAAGGAGUUUGUAUACAAGCCCAAAGCAGCAGGGUUUUUAAACUUUGAUGACUUGAACUUUGAAGGAGAGGAGGAAGAGGAAGAGGAAGAUGAUGAUGAUGAAUACGACGACGAGGACGAUGAUGAUGAUGAUGAGGAUGAUGAAGACGACGACGAGGAAGAAGAGGAAGAAGAGGAAGAAGAGGAAGAAGCCAGGAAAGGGGCCCGUACAAAAAAGAAGGGGCCUACUAAAGAGCAAACCUUGUUUGUAACAGAUAAUGAUGAUGACCUCGCGGAGCAAGGCAAUAAGGAGUUGGAACCAAACGGGAAAGUGGUUUACUCGACCAAAGCUUUUUCAUUGCAUUUGUUUGAUGCAGCAACAGGAUCGUUUUUGUUGAAAAGCGAAACUGCUGAGUUGAAACUAACCGAGUUUGGACAAUGGGAGUUUACGCUAUACAUCAAUGGAGGUCAAAAGUUGAGCUUCAACAAGGUCUUGAGCAGAAACAUGAGCCCCACGUUCAACUAUGAGCAUUUGUCAUUUAUAUUCAACCAUUACACGGUGACGAAAGACGAUGUGAUUGCCAACUCGUGGCUAUUGAAAUUUGAGGACUUCAACGCUUUGACGCGCUUCCAAAACAAAUUCUUGGCCUUGAUGUACGAGACGUCGAAUUUGAAAAAGUUUGGCGAAGAAGCCGAAGAGGAUUACUUUGUUGACGCUUUCUCUAGAAUGGAUAUUGACGAAGAGGACACGGAGGAGGUGAAUGAACUUGCAAAAGAGGAGGGAGAGGAGGAGGAAGAAGAGGAGCUAGAAGUGAAAGAACGCACCAAAGAGUUUAAUGAAGAGCUCCAGAAUUUCCGCAAAAAGGACAAGAAUACCUUUUUGACCGUGGGUUAUAAAGACCGCGCUUUUGUCGCUCGUGGUGACAAAAUUGGAGUGUUUGGUCAAGAUGCCAGGGAGUUGGAGUACAAGACCACCAUCAAUAACGUUACUGACUUGAAAGGAAAGCGCUUUGAUCCGUCGAAGAUGUUGCUUCAUCAGGAAGACCAGUUUAUGAUUAUGUCGAACCCCGACUUUAACAACAAGUCGCUUUACAAGAUGGAUUUGAAUCGAGGAAAAGUGGUUGAAGAGUGGCAAGUGUCCAAAAACACACCGGUUGUGUCCUAUGCUCCAGCUUCAAAGUUUGCCCAGCUCUCAAAUCAACAAACAUUGACGGGUAUCUCUUCCAAUGGACUUUUCACAAUCGACCCGAGACUCUCUGGUACCAAGAUUGUUGAUGACCACACUUAUAAAUCGUACAAGACUACUAAUAACCAGUUCCGUACGUUGGCGACUACCGAAGGCGGACAUAUCGCGUUGGGGUCUGGCAAAGGUGAUAUAAGGUUAUUUGAUAGACUCGAUGUCAAUGCUAAAACUGCUUUACCUUCCCUUGGCGAUGCCAUCAUUGGACUUGAUGUUUCAAAGGAUGGCAGAUGGAUAUUGGCUACAUGCAAGACUUAUUUAUUAUUGAUAGAUACCAAGAUUGGAGCAGGCCAAAAAAACUCUGGAAAAUAUGGAUUUACAACCUGCUUCGACAAGGAUAAAAAGCCCAAACCAAGAAGAUUAGCGUUGAAGCCUGAACACGAGGCAUUUAUAAACAAACAGAAUCAUAAAGAUGAGCUUAAUUUCACUCCCGCUUCAUUCAAUAUUGGUAUUGAUAAAAAGGAAACGAGUAUAGUUACAUCCACCGAUAAUUACAUCAUCACAUGGUCACUUUCGAAAAUAUUGAGGAAUCAAAAAGACCCGUACCAAGUCAAGAGGUAUAGCCAGAAUGUCAUUGCUGAUAAUUUCAAAUUCGGAACAAAUAACGAAGUCAUAACGGCGUUGCUGGAUGACGUUUCAAUGACGAGUCGACGCAGUUUGGCUAAUCCAGACAAGGUGUUCCACAUGCGAUGA